AUGGAGAACUCCGUGAGACACUCAGUCGACAUAAAAUCGGAAGACUUCGUCGUCCUGAUUUCGCUCCAAAACCUACAGACCUUCAUCAUGAUAGGAUACACAGCCGUGAAUAAAGACCACCUGAACUUUGACUUCUCCUACCUGUGGGCACUCUGCAUUGGGACCGGUCUUUUCAUAUACUCCCUGAUGAGCUUCGUUCUCAUAAGGUCCCUUGUGCUCUCAAAGAUAGACAUCGGAAAAUAUGUGCUCGAGUUGCUAUUCAGUUUGAGUAUAAUUGUUACGUGUACGUUGUCCAUAAUAAUUGACUCGUUCAAAAUUGCAAACAUGCAGUUGCUUUUUUUUUCAUUCGCUUUAACAGGUUAUGCCUACUACAAUUUGAUAAGCCUCUUCUUUCUGUGCACACUGACAGGAAUGAUCAUUCAAUAUAAUUUAAGUUUCACUGGGUUCAUAGCCCAUUCGAAUUCUUCCUUCUUCUUGGACAUGAUAUCCUACCUAGUACAAAUUAUUGGUGGAAACAUUUUAUACUUUCGCAUGUAUGAAUUGUGCACUCUAAUCGUCAUUUCGAAGAGGAACCCAUGCAAGUAUGUCGUUGCAUCGAGAGAAGUGAAACAAGUAGAGAAACAAAUUUUCUCAUCCUUAUUCAAUACUUACAUGUCCGUCAAGUCAAAAACGUAUUCAGAUUUAGCAUGCACUAAUGAACUUUUAAAUAAAGAGCGUCAAUCUAUUGUCGGUAAGGAUACUCAACAUAAGUGGAAUUCCCACGUUGGUGCUUCCUACCAGGACAAGAUCAACCACACAAAGAAGUUACUACGUGGACGAAGCAAAAGGGACAAACGAAAUGCAAAGGGGACUGGUAGACUAACAUGUGGGAAACACACCCCCUACCAUAAUAGCAGAAGCCUUGCCAAUUGUGACACCAAACAUACCUCCAGCUGCACAAAUAACUUUAGAAUAUCUAACACCCUUUCACUUAAAAAUAAUGUAAACCCUAACCUAACCUCAGAACCUUCUAUCCCCAUUUGUGAAAAAUGCGUUUCGCAAAAAUAUAGACAUAAGGAUAAUGCACACAAACACCGGCAAGAGAAAAUAAAAUCUAAAUCUUCCAUCAAGUCAGACAAUGUAAAUAAGGCAAACGAGUUAGACAAUCAUGGAGUGGACCCAACAUGCGUCACUAAUCCUAUAUACGCAAGUAAUACCCACGGGGAGGAUGUCAACCGGGGGGGGAACAGCACGUCUAGAGGACACCCCCAACAUGAUGAAAUGCUCAUCCCAAUUACGGGAACUGACUGUGAUAAAAAUGCAGUCCCCACGAGCAACUCGAACGCUAGUUGGAUCAAGUACGCUGCGGUGAUUGACAUGCCGGGCAAGGCGAAGCAGAAAAAGGCGGAACAUCACAACAGGGGGAAACAUCACCAUAAGUUUCCGGGCCAUCUCUCACAUACAUCAGCUGACCUACCAUCGGACAAUAAGCCUUCAUACAACUCGUUCCGCAACGGAUGUGCUUCCCCACCAAAUGAACAACACACGUGCUAUCUCUGCCCGUGCUACCAAACCCAUUCCAGCGGAUUAUCCCUCAGUGAUGUGACCUCAGAACAAAGGACGCAUGGGAAAAUUAGUCCACAUAGCUUCGUCCAAAGAGGGAACAACAGCAAAAUGGAUAAUCAGCAAAAUCGCCGCGUCAGCAGCAAACGGGCAGAUGGCGCAAAGCAUGAAAUACAUCACCCCCCCAAAGACCCCCUUGCAGAUGACUCAAAUGGAAAUGACGAUACCUACUGCUACAAUGUGAUGACGUAUCAUUAUAAUAUAAUAAAAGGUACACACCAUGUGAGUACUCCACGUGGAGGACGAAAGAGUGAUAAGGCCCCUCAACUGAUCGGGGGUCAACCCGUUGAAAUUGGUGAAAAAGUGGCCCUGCCUCGAGGAAGAAACAGGGUUCAAGAGUGCCCCGAACGUGCGCCACUCCCCCGUGGAAAAAGACCCUCUGUACACAGUAAUUGCACGGACCACCUGGGCCAUGAAAGUCGCCAAAGUGAAAGCAAAUUCGAGUCCACGUCAAACGAGGACGCGUCAGAUACUCUGGAAAGAACACUCCCUGAAAAGGAUCCAUCGCAUGUGCAAAACCAAACAACGCAAAAAGAGGCAAACCUGUCAGACCGGGAACAUCUACCACACGAACCACGUCGAUUCCACACAAACAAUAAUGAUACCCCGGCCACAUGCAGAAAGGAAAUAAAUUCUCAAAAAAAAUUCCUCUUGCAAAAGUCCAAAAGUUCCCUACCCAUGAGCCAGUGGGGAGAAAGCACACCUCACAGACACACCUCGCGCAGCAGCAACAACACAAAGCUAAUCACAUUCACAAACAGGGAGUUACAAAAUGCAAGUAACAGCAACUCCAAUAGUAAAUAUAGCAAAAAAAACGCAACACGGCAACACGAAAUGUUAGACAAAAUUGUGCAAUUGGACAUCAGUAAUCAGGACCAAAAAAAUAAAAAAAAAAACAAAAAAAAAGACGCAUCGUCGUCAUUAUCAUUCUCGUCAUUAUCACCAUUAUCAUCCUCCGCGAUCACAAGGGAAAAAAAAUAUUUUACGAAAAAAAAAAAAAAAAAAUACACUUCAUUUUUUCUCAAAAAUCCAAAGACACAAUAUUUAUUUGUACACAUUCCACAAUAUUUUAAAAACAUCUUCGAUAUGACCAAGAAAAUAUUUUUCGAUUUAAAAAAUAAAAAAGUGAUCAUGCAAAAUGCAACUUGGAAAAAUAAAAUAUUCAUCCCGGAAAGGGACUCACUAGGAUUAUUCAAAAAUGAAAAAAUAGAAAAAUGGUACGUGUCAUGGAUGGACGAAUUUAACAGAAAUAUUAUCGCCAAAACCUAUUAUAUAGGCAUAUACCUCAUCAUGUAUAUAAUUACUCUAGACUUUGUAACAGCAUACAAAUUGUACUACACAACAACGAGAAGAAACAUAAACGGGGCAUUAAUCACACAGUACAAUUACCUGCUCUACUACUUCUUCAAAUCGAUAAUCAACAUACUUGUGUAUCUCCUAUACAUACUUUUUGUUACAUUUAAAAUACGAAAGGAACCCACAUAUAAUAUUAAGCGGUAUUAUUUUGUCACCCUUCUGCUUUGUUUAGCCAAGCUCAUCAUAUCAUCGUCCGACAUUUACGUGGCAAUCACCUCGCUAGAUUACUUCAUCAGCCCAUACUACGUAUACAUAUACAUCCAUAUGCUAAUUGUGCAGACGUCCAUUUUGUUAAUAAUUCGAUACCCUACCCAUUAUCUACUGUUUUUUGUUUACAUGAUUUGCUUCACUUCCUUAUACUGGUCUUUCUCCAUUCACAAAAGUUUUAUGGAAUUCAUUUUUAUCAUUACUUGUGUGUCUUUUACCAUUAUUUAUUCGUAUGUACUUUGCUCCAGGACAGUGGAGAUCAAUCGGCGCAUUUUGUUCUCCAAGUAUGAGUUUCCCUACCUCUUAUACCUCAAGGAGAUUGCCGGGUGCCUCAACAGGCGACGAUCCCAGGGUGGUGUCUGA